UAUUAGGUUUUCUUUUCACACUUCACAGCCUCACCGACAGAAUACCAACGGAGCCACAGCAUAUUUUGAGGAGUUUACUGUUCUUUCACGAGGCGGAACCUGCCAUAAGGCCGCACGUUGUAAGCCGUAGCCAACCGGACUGUAUUCCCUAUAGCACCAUCUUGCUCUAAGUGUUCCGUCGCAGCAAGUUGACGUCUGGCUUUAUUGAAUGUCGGCGGGGGUCACGGCUUGUGAACCGGCCUCCGAGGCAGGGAGGGGCACCAAACCGAAUUGGGGGUUGGUGCUGCUGGGUGCUUCGGGCGCCGCGGUUCUCGCUUUAUACGCUGCGGCAACACCGUUUGUGGCCCCGGCACUGAGACGCUUUUGCCUGCCCUUCGUCCCGGCUACUCCGGUCCAGGUAAUUGCAGCAGCAAAGCAAGGUUUUCGAGCAGUUGGUUAUGAACUGAAUCCUUGGCUAGUUUGGUACUCCAGGUACCGAGCAUGGCAGCAAGGAGUGCACCGCCACACUAGAUUUUACAUCUCUGAUUUCUGGAAGGUGAAUUUCUCAGAAUAUAGUAAUGUUGUCAUAUUUGGAGUUCCUCAGAUGAUGGAAUCCUUAGAGAAGAAACUUCAGAAUGAGUUGAAGAAUGAUGCCAAAGUUGUAGCAUGUCGUUUUCCAUUUCCCAGCUGGAUUGCUGAACAUGAAUCUGGAAAGGGAAUCGAUGCAGCUUGGUUGUAUAAUGCAAAAUCAUUUAAGACCACUGCAAAAGAAGGAAAUCAGCAUUAAGACAAGAAAAAGUGCAACAGUUGUACAAUCUUUAUAUUGCUGUGGUGUGGCUAAAAAGUAACUGAGAAUUAAAUAAUUGGAAUACUUUUAAUGUGUCCUUACUAACUGAAAGUGUUGAUGUGUGGCCAAGUGGUUAAGGCUUUGGUCUAGUGAUCUGAAGGUUGCUGGUUCAAGCCUCAGCUUAGGCAGCGUGUUGUUGUUUUGAGCAAGGCACUUAGCCAUACAUUGCUCUGCAAUGACACCGGUGCCAAGCUGCAUCGGCCCUUGCCCAUCCCUUGAACAACAUCGGUGGCAUGGAGAGGGAUUUGCAGCUUGGGCAACUGCCAGUCUUCCAUUAAAAAAAUCCUUGCCCAAGCUUGUGUCCUGGAAACUUCUAAGGUGCAAGUCCAUGGUCUGUUGACUAACGGAUGCAUAUUAACAGAGAGUAUGUAAGAUCAAAUUUAAUUACAGUGUUCCCCGUGUCUGAAUUUUGUGAUCCUUAGAAUGUGAAAGAUGCUAUAUAAAUGCAGUUUGGGGCUACAACCUUGCUUUCAGACCCAUCAAGAAAUGGUUGUGGAAAAAAAUGUCCACCUUCUCGGCAUCCUUUCUCCUGAAUUCAGGAAAGGGAUGCAAAAUAAAUGAAUGUUAGCAGUUGCCUAUAAAAUUGCCUUUUUGUUUUUUUAAUACUUUAUAGAAGUAUUUUUAAACAAACUUGAUACCAAAUCACAUUAGGAGUUUUUAAGGCAGAUAAACAAAAUUGUUUUAAACCUGUAACAUUAAGGAUGGGAAAGCUAAAAGAACUAGAGGGAUUUCCAGAAAAAACAUGGCAGCUGAAGGUAUCGUUAUGUGUGAUGAGCUAGAGGCAGAAUUGAAGGAACGUAAAUGUAACUGGGGGUUUUGGGCAUGAGGAAAUUUCAAAGGUAGGAAGUAUUUUGAAAAAAGGUUGAGAAAUCUGAAACUUUUGCAACAGUAUGAACUUUUUACAAAAAUAAAGUGUUAGAACUGUUCAGCAGGUCAAGCAGCAUCACUGGAUGUAGAAAUCGUUAACAUUUCCAGUCUUUCUCCUUUGGAUUGGAAGUAUAAAUUGCUUUCUGUCUUCAGAUGCUACUUGAUGUGCUGAAUAUUUCCUGUGUUUUCUCUUUAUGAUUAAUAUGUAUAAAUUUUUCAAGGAUUAAUUACAGUUGAUUCAUUCCAGUGUUGAAGUCAGUGUUUAGAAAUGUUGGCUAUUUUUUCCCUGUUUUGUACAAUAUUUUGACAUGUGUCCUAUACAUAUGAUGAAAAAUUAACCUUUGAUUUUUCACUUCAUUAUCAGAUGUUGGUGAAGUUGCAAUGUUUCUAAGUUUGCAUCAUCACUUAGCAAUUAUUCAGUACUUGUUGGAUAUAAGAUUUGAUUUGGAAUCGGUGUCUUUCCACAUUUAUGUAGUCUGGUAAUACUCGUUAUCCCUGUACACACACCAAAAUGGUUAUGUAAUGCCCUGGUUCACAUCUUUACUGUUAUGCUGUAUUAGCAGUUCCCUAAGAGCAGUCUGUUCUGCUUUCAGUCUGUUUGGGUUAUUGUUGAGGAUGAGGGAUGAUGAGGAAUGUGUGCCAACCAAUUAGAAUGGUAGAACUGAAGGGAGGUUUUUCUGGUGAAGGAUACUAAGGUUGGGCUUGGGCCUUUUGUUUAGCAGGUGAUGAAGAGAGAAGACACUGGGGGGAACUGGUCAUAGGAUAUGACCCAAUGGGAGACCUGUUUGUUUGAGGUGGACCAUGAGCAAUAUUUGGAAGGUGGUGUGUGCUUUCUUGCAGAACAAGGGCUGAGCGCGUGAGUGACAGAAGUUCAAGAUGAGCUCCAACUUGUGCACGUUUGAUUGUUUAACUAAUUUUUUUUUCUCUUAACUAAAGAGUUACUAAAGUUAGGAUUGAUAAAUAUAAUUCUUUUAAUCGUU